AUGAAGGUUUCCGGCAGCAUGGAACCUGCACUCCGAGGACGCCAUGGAAGGGACGACGUCCGGAUAUUCAAACCCCUUCUUCGCGCCUACGCGCUCGGGUACCUAUCUUCUGUCACUCCGAAACUAGUGGCUUAUGUACGCCGACUAGGCAAUAAGCACUGGACAACCCGACAGAAGCUCCGAGAGCUAGCUAAAGUCUUGACCGGUCCUUUACGUCUGAACAGUUUUCCAACAGUCUGUGCUUCCUUGGUCGGUGGCUCAACCCUACUACCUAUAGGACUGUAUCGUCUAUGUGCAUUGAUCGCUGUAAAACUUUCCAAAGGUGACGUUCGGAUCUCUGGAAGGCUCGAUCGCUUGAUUCGAUUCGUUGCCACUUUCAUAUCUGGAUGGUUCAGUUUCCAACUUCUGAACAGAAAUCGCAUCUGUCUACCAAUUGAAGAUGUCAGAGCCAUCCGGAUGUCCGCAGAUCAGGGGAAAGACCCUCAGGUUCUACCUGAUCCGCUGGAACAUCACCGCCCGGAAUUAGCAGGGAGGACGAUGGACCUGACCAUCUUCAUGGUCACAAGAGCCGUGGAUGCGGCCGCGUGUUUUGCAUGGAGUCGCUGGUCUCGUCGCCGCCGGGCCCAGAAUCGCUGGACUCUUGUCGAAUCACUUGUGCCCAGCUCCACGGAUGCAACUGUCUUUGCUAUGAGUUCCGCGAUAGUCAUGUGGGCGUGGUUUUACCUCCCGGAGAGACUGCCCAACACCUACGAGAAGUGGAUCGGGCAAGCUGCUCAAGUUGAUUCACGCCUAAUCGAAGCUUUGCGUCGUGCUCGACGAGGAAUCUUUGUAUACGGAAAGGACACUGGCCAAGCAUCUCUUCUUCAGUCGAUGUGCAAAGACUAUAAUUGGCCAGAGGUAUGGGGAGACCCGGCGAAAGUGAGUCCAAUCCCUUGCGAAAUGGUACAUAUGGGAUGUGGUCCCAAUUGUGAGAAACACGCACUGUAUCGGUUUUUCAAAACCUUUAAAUUUGCCUGUGCAACCUAUAUACCCCUACAGAUUGCGUUCCGACUUAGCGGAAUGAAAUCUGCGACUGCCCUUCGCCGGGCCCUCACUGAUGCAGCCCAAUCAUCUGCCUUCCUGGCGUCUUUCGUCAGCUUAUUCUACUACGGUGUCUGUCUCGCUCGGACACGACUUGGACCCAAGAUCUUUGAUCUAAAGACUGUCACUCCGAUGAUGUGGGACUCUGGGCUCUGCGUCGGCGCGGGAUGUUUCAUGUGUGGCUGGAGUGUAUUGGUUGAGAAAGCGCGGAAGAGGCAGGAGUUGGCGCUAUUUGUGGCACCACGGGCUGCCGCCACGGUUCUGCCACGGUUGUAUGAUAAAAAGUAUCAAUACCGAGAACGUAUUGCCUUUGCGAUUAGUGCUGCUGUUCUCAUCACUUGCCUCCACGAACAACCUAGCAUGGUUCGAGGAGUUUUUGGUCGCAUCACUUCCAAGGUAACCAUGUUUGCACGAUUAAUCCCCUCGCUGGGGCGCUCUGCGCUCACAGGAACAAUUCCUCAGCGAUCAUUUUGUUUCCGGAAGAACGCUUUCGAGGCUGAGCGGAGAUACUUCUCGAGUAAUUUCUUGCGUCACGAACAACGCAAUUCAUCUGCAGCGCCUUUUAAUACCCCAGAAUCGCAAAAGCGCAAUACCUCUACUAUGUACUAUACCAUCAGCAUGAUCCUCGGAACUGUUGCUCUCGCAUAUGGAUCUGUCCCUCUUUACAAGAUGAUUUGCCAACAGACUGGUUGGGGCGGUCAGCCCAUCCUCACCCACCGCAACGGCGACGGCGAUACUGCUGAGCGUGUGAAACCAGUGACCGACUCCCGUCGUCUGCGAAUUACCUUCAAUGGCUCCGUAUCGGAUGUGCUUCCUUGGAAAUUUACUCCCCAGCAGCGCGAGGUCCGAGUGCUGCCUGGAGAGACCGCACUAGCAUUCUAUACUGCAACGAAUAAGGGCCCGCAAGAUAUCAUUGGAGUCGCAACAUACAGUGUGACACCAGGUCAGGUUGCGCCAUACUUCAGCAAGAUCCAAUGCUUCUGCUUUGAGGAACAGAAGCUUAACGCAGGAGAAUCAGUUGACAUGCCUGUCUUCUUCUAUAUUGAUCCUGACUUUGCUACUGAUCCUAAUAUGAAGGGAAUCGAUACUAUCACGCUGUCAUACACCUUUUUCAAAGCGAAAUAUGACGACAAUGGUGUUUUGAAGCCAAUCGCAUCAUAA